AUGGCAGGCCAAUUUAUUUCCGCAUCUGGGCACCUUUAACCGCGCAAGAAGUAAACAGAAAUGCUUUCAAGUUGCUAAAUUCCCACACAAUGUCAAUGGCAAAAUAUCUUAACCGAUCUGUGGCAAAGGUCGACCUAAAGAGGGCAACGCGGACAUGCUGCCUUAAACCUACGGAAGCAGAACAUCACAUGAUUCGGCUGUCAUCGGGCGAGAACUUUGUAGGACGAAGUCGAGAGACUGGAAUCCGCGACGCCCGAUGCUCCAAGCGACAGAUCCGCCUAGAUGUUGACACCAAUAAGUGCCUGGUCAACAUGAAAGUCCUAGGAUUAAAUCCAUGUGGCGUGAAUGGACUGAUGGUGAUGCAGAACACUGAAUGCAAAUUGCAGCACGGAGAUUUGGUGGAAAUCGUUUACGGCAGACACGGAUUCCAAGUGGUCUUCGAUCCGCCCCCAAUUGAGGCAGAGGAGGUCCCAGUUUCAUCGGCCACCUCGAUUUCGGCAAGCACAUCAGAGAGAUGGGACUCAGCUGCCAAUGGAAAAUUGGUUAUCUUUACCAGCGCUGGCGUGGUACCAUCCGAGAAGAUAGCCGGCUACGACAUGGAUGGCACCAUUAUUAAAACGAAGUCUGGAAACGUUUUUCCAAAAACCAUUGAUGACUGGCAGAUCAUCUUCCCCGAAGUGCCAGAUAAACUCAAGAGCCUACACAAAGAUGCAUUUAAAAUAUGUUUCUUCACCAACCAAGGAGGCAUUGCUCGCGGAAAAAUUAAGCUGGAUGACUUUAAGGGAAAGAUCAAACAGAUUGUGGCUAAACUAGGAAUACCCAUCCAAGUAUUUAUUGCCGUUGGAGAUGGCUUGUAUCGUAAGCCGCGAACUGGUAUGUGGGAGCAUCUAAAAAAUGAGAUGAAUUGUGGAGUCAGAGUUCAGGAGGAUCGAUGUUUUUUUGUGGGUGAUGCAGCCGGAAGACCUGAGACUGGAAAGGGAGUCACCAAGCAGCGUAAGGAUCAUUCUCUAGCUGACAGACUAUUUGCUGCAAACGUUGGCAUUUCCUUUUAUACGCCAGAAGUUCACUUCCUAGGAAAGCGCGUGGAGGAAUGGAAUAAACCCGAAUUUGAUCCCACUGGUAUUCACGACCAAGUGACACUUUUUGAUCCGGAUAAUAUAACCUUUGACGGUCAUCCUAAUGAAAUGGUCAUAAUGGUGGGAUUACCUGGCUCAGGAAAGAGCCACUUUUGCGAAAGUUUCUUUCAGAGCCGGGGAUACAAAAUUGUGAGUGCCGAUGCUUUAGGUGGCGUUCCAGCUUGCCUUAAAGCCUGUGAACGUUUCUUGGAUGCUGGAAAUUCCUGUGUGGUAGAUAAUACUAACGUAGAUAGUGCUUCACGUAAAAAGUUCCUGAGCGUAGCAGCAACGUUCAAGAUUCCCUGUCGAUGUUUGGUUAUGAAUGUGUCAAUUGCGCACGCAAAACACAACAUUGUGUUCCGCGAACUCUCUGAUUCAUUGCACUCAAAGAUCAACGACAUGGUGUUUAAUAUGCUCAAAAAAAAGUACCAAGAGCCGGCCCUGGAUGAAGGAUUCAUAACCAUCCAUAAAGUAAACUUCAAGCCUGUAUUUGCCAACGAAUCGGAAGAGAAACUAUACAAAAUGUACUUGAUGGAAAAAUAAAGGGAGUUUGCUUUAAUCGAGUGUAAAUAUUCGCUUGGCUAUGUCAUCAAUUAACCAGUCCAUGGAACUAAGAAGUUUUUCCCCGGUUACCGCGCUGACUCCUGCCACCAGCCAAUGGUGCGUGGUGAUAUCCUCCAGAUGCAGUAUCUGUAAACAUUAAUGAUAUUAAAUAUAUUGAUAAAUCUUAAAAGUGAAA